GAAUCAGAGAUCCACCGGGUGAACCAGUAACCCAGUUAUAUGACCGGGUUGAUUAUCGGUUCGGUCUGAUAACUAUACUAUUUACUAAGAUCGAGAUGUCAUUUUUUAAUCUUCAUGGUGAGUUGAUACUAAUUGCUGCUAUUACUUUCAUUUAAGGUGAUUCCCUUCUUUGUAUCUUUUGUAUGAAUUGGAAUUUGUUUGGGUAAUUGAUGUUCAAUCCCUCUUUAUCGUUGUAUCUUUUGUAUAAAUUUGAAUUUGUUCGGGUAAUUGAAGUUUAAUCCCUCUUUAUCAUUCAUAGGGUUCUGAGUAAUUCGUUAUAUUGCUCUGUUUCUAUUUGAAUUACAUAUUCUUAAUGAGGCCAGUAUCUAAAGUGAAAAACAGUUUAUCACCUUGAUUUGCAGUAGCGAAACCAUAACAGUGCGAGUCUAUGACAAAACUCAGUGGGAGGAGAAGGUGAAGGUUUAAGAAAAGUAAUGAGGACUUGCUUGCUCUACAUGCAUGCCAAAGUGCGAGUUUCUACAUUUGGCCAUGCAGUUUCUUGAAGCUGUCCACCAGACAAGUUUGAAGCAGCAUAACGGUGACCUUAAGGCUGGUGCAAAAGCAUCCUGUGCUGGAAGGCCAUGGAUUUGUGCAUGUCUCAUUUGUGGUUUCGCAGACCAGAGUGAAGCUUGUGCGUUUGAAUCAAAAUGGAAAGAUUUAUCAAGGAAAUCUCCUCGCAAAAGUCAAGGUGGCAGUAGCUCAAACAGAUUGAAGAUCCCUCGCGUAAUAACGAGUUCUUUACAAGCUCAACUAGAAGAAGAGAGAAAGGAGAAAGAAGAAAUGAAGAAAGAAUUGGAUGAGAUAGAGUAAAUUGAACUAUAUAAUGUUUUGUUGAAUAGUAUAUUGUCUAUUUAGUAUAAUGUCCAUCUAAUUAAAUAAUGCUUGAGAUUUUGAUACUUACCAUUAGAAAUUUGGAAUUACAUAGGUUAGUUUGAGUUUA